AUGGUCGCGGGACCAAUUAAAAAAGAUAAACGUGCAUGGAACCAGUUGAAAAGUGCUCUGUUUUUACAUCUUUUGUUUACUUUACUUCAGGUAGCAAAAGCCCAAAGUCGAGCGCCCCGUAUCAAGGAACACCCAGCUGAUACAGUUGUCGGCAGAAGUGAACCAGCAACCCUUCGAUGUGUAGCGGAGGGAAAGCCGAAACCAACUAUUCAGUGGUACAAAGAUGGUAUACCAAUUACGGCAACAGACCAUCCACACAGAGUACUCCUUGAAGAUGGACUGCUCUUCCUUAGAGUUAUGCGAGGAAAGAAGGAAAGCGACGAGGGCGUGUACUGGUGCGUCGCACGUAACUCUGUCGGGGAAGCAGUUAGCAAGAACGCCACGCUUACUAUUGCCGUCCUCCGAGAUGAAUUUAGAAAUGAACCUCGUGACGUUAAAGUAGCUAGCGGAGAACCUGCUAUGUUAGAGUGUUCUUCACCAAGAGGUACUCCAGAUCCAUCUGUUCACUGGACGAAAGAUGGACAAACUUUGGACGCAGAAGUUAAUGGACGAAUCACGAUUGUAGAUGGCGGAAAUUUGAACAUAUUGGAAAGUUUACCUUCAGAUAGCGGUGUGUACCGAUGUAUAGCUUCUAAUGUUGCAGGGGAAAGACAAUCGCGUCCCGCGACUUUACUCGUGUUACGUCGACCACAUUUUAUCGUGAAACCUAAUAAUGUAACGGCAUUGAUUGGACAGAAUGUUGAGUUUCACUGCCAAGUUUCACCAGACUCUGAUGUAUCGGUUACUUGGUCUCGAGACAAAGGUUCUCUAUCUUCAUACGCUAUAAUUCGUCGAGGCUCAUUACGUAUAGACAGGGUUGUAAAUUCUGACGCCGGCACAUAUACAUGUCGAGCUGAGAGUCAAGCUGGAACAAGCAGUGCCAGUGCUGUUCUUACUGUCAAUUCUCUGCCUCAUUUCACAAGAGUACCAUCAGAUCAAACUGCUUGGGAAGGAGAAUCAGUAUCAUUUCCUUGUGAGGCUGAAGGGACGCCUAAACCUGUAAUAUUCUGGACAAUGGAAGGAUCUAAGGAAUUAAUAUUUCCAAACUCUAUGCACAAUAGUGGGUCUUUAUAUUUGGAACGAGUGUUUACGCAACAUGCUGGUAGAUUAACUUGUGUAGCUGUCAGCGCAGCGGGAAGUGCUUUACAUACGGCAACGUUACAAGUAUUAAAAAGAGAAGCGAAUUCGUUCAAUCCAAAUUCAGAAUCAUCGUCACCUUUUCCGGAUAUAAAUAAGCCACAAAAUCAUCCACCGAUGACGCAGUAUGAAUUAGUUCAAGCACGCCGUUAUUUACAACAGGAUGUUCUAGCCCUGCGAAGAGUUGAAGGAAUAUCCGCUACAACACUUAAAAUUGUUUGGGAUGUAAUGACAGAUUACAAUGAGUAUUUAGAAGGUGUUAAAAUAUUGUUCAAUGGGUCGUCUUUUAAUAGAAAAUUUGCCCUCGAAGUGCAAAAUACUCAAUUAAACACGACUGUUGAUAGCUUGGCGGAAUUAUCAAAAUUUGAUAACUUCAGUAUGACCACAGUGCACAAUAGUGGAUCAUCGAGUCACAUUUUAACAGGGCUACUGCCAUACGCACAGUACAAUGUAUUUUUGAUGCCUUUUUACAAGCUAUUACUAGGGAAGCCAUCCAAUAUGAAGUCUGGUCACACUGAAGAAGAUAUUCCUUCAGCACCACCACAAAGUGUAACAGCUGCAGUAAUAAAUACAACUUCAGCAUGGAUUCGUUGGGAUCCACCACCAAUUCAUAAUUGGAAUGGAGAACUUUCCGGAUAUUUGAUCGAGAUACGAGUAGGCAGCGGUAUUACUGGUCGUGUGGUGGGUCAGAUGUCACUGGGCGCACGCACGCGCGCUGCCACGGCCAGCUCGCUGAGAGCGGGUGGACGCUACAGUGCCCGCGCUGCUGCUGUCACACGUAGAGGACAUGGACCCUUCAGUGCACCCGCACUCUUAUAUAUGCUGCCAACACAAUCACAGAGACACUACGUUCAAACUGAGCCUGCUAGAGAUAAAGCAUUGCUGACAAUGUUUCAUGAAUCUUGGCUAUUAGCAAUGAGCGUAUUGUUGUUGACGUUGGUUCUGAUUGGCGCGGGGAUAAUAUUUUAUCUUCGUCGGAAACAAUUGAAACAAAGGAAGAGUCAAAGCUCCGUAGGUACACCAAUUGCUAAUGCUCAGCAGUGUUUGUUAGGAAAGGAAGCAGUAUGGCUUCGCGAAAGACCAAUGUUUGAAGGCUCCAAUGAACCAAGAAUUGAAAUUUUGAAUUGCCAUCAGAGUAUCAUACAUGGUGGACACACCAUAGGCACAAUGGCUAUGGAGGCUGAAUAUAGUCUCCCGCAACACACAAAUAACAUAACUGACAUAAUUCACGAAGAUCGACGAAAAGUUGCUCCAGAGCCAUACGCAUCUAGUGCAAUUUAUACUGAAUUAAAUUAUCAGGAUCAUACAGAUGCUGAAGAUUCUUGUAUAAAAUGUGCAGUAAGCCCUGGGUCAUAUGAUAACAGUAUGGUUAGAUCUUUUGGUGAUAGUAAUCAAUAUUCGAAUGAAGAAUGUUCUACGUGUUGUCGCAGCAGUAGUUCAACUUUAACAAAAGAAUAUAGUGAAAUGACUAAAUGUGGAAAUGAAGUUGAAGAAAUACAAGACAUACCAGUAGAUGAAUGUCCAUCGUGUAAGACAAACCAAUCAAGGUCAUCAAGUCAGCAUGAUGGUGGCCAAGAAUGGGCUACGGUUACAGAAGUAGAGUAUGAUUAUUCCCAAUGGCAUUGGUUAAGAAGGGAAAAUAGUUUUCGACACAUCGGACAAGACUCAAGACAAUCAACACAAGGCGGGAGAAGCGAUCACAAUUUUAGAAUGAAUUUAUGUGAUAUACUUCCUCCACCACCAUAUGAAAGAGAGUCUCCAUACAGAGAAUUGCAUACAUUUGUCAAUCAUUCAGGUGCAUCAGGUUGUUCUGGACAGAGUUAUAGAAGUUAA